AUGCGUACUUCUACAGUUCUAGGUUCAAUCGCUUUAGCAAUCUUCAGCAACCAGGUUUUGGCCACACCACCAGCCUGUUUGUUGGCCUGUGUUGCUGAAGUUUCUAAAAAUUCUAACAAGUGCAAUGCAUUGAAUGAGAUCGGUUGCAUUUGUGGUGAGUCAAGCACUGUUCAUGACUGUUUGAACAGCAAGUGCCCAAAUGGUAACUCUGGUGAAGCUUGGAACAGUUUCCAAAGUUCUUGCCAGGGCAAAUCGAGUGGUUCUUCCUCUUCUGCUGCUUCUUCCAGCACUUCUGCUCCUAGCUCUUCAAGCACUUCUUCCAAGGCUUCUUCUUCCUCUUCUCCAUCCUCUUCAAGCACUUCUUCCAAGGCUGCUUCUUCUGGUACUAACGGUGGUGCUUCUUCCAAGGCUACUGAAGUUGCCUCUACCAAGGCUUCCAGCUCUCCUUCCUCCACCGCUGGUAGUGGUGCCACCCAUGGUGGUAGCACUGUGGAAACACACGUUGUUACCUCCACUGGUGAAGCUGGUCCAGUCGCUCAAACCAACUACGUCACUAAGCACUCUACUGUGUUUGAAGGUGUUACCAAUACAUACACCGUUACCUCUACUGGUUCUCCAGUAACCAAGACUGUCCAAGGUGGUACCGUUUUGGAAACUACCACCUGUUCUACAACUUUGGGAAAGAGAGAUGCUACCAAGACUGUUUCUAGUUCAUCUUCAGGUGCUGCUAACGUCUUGCAAGUGGGUUCCGCCGCUAUGGUUGCAGCUGCUGCCCUAUUGAUCUAA